UGAAAAAGAGGCGGACAAACGGGUCCGCACAAUGAACGUUAGCACACCGCAUGUGUAGGUUUUGAUCCGCAGAAGACACGCGUUUGUUUUCGUGUUAUCCCGGCGGGAGUCCAGCCUUCAGGGAGCCUGUGUUCGGCGUUUUUGUGAAGCCGUGAGAGGUUCAAACAACCCCAAAGAGCGAGGAUGUUGGUCCCCGCGGGAAGAUAAUGAAGAGGCUGCGCGUUUUGUUGGUGUGCCUCAUCGCAGCUCUCCUGUGCUGGUACCCGAUUCAACAUGUGUAUUGUUCAGAGCAGAGCUCGCCGGGCUCAGCUCAGCCUGUGGGGAACAAACCCGCUGACGUCCCACAGCAGGACCAGGAGCAGGACUCCACGCAGCACAAGGUGUUGGAAGAAUGGCCGACACACACAUCAUACGAUGUGGGGCUGGAGACAGAGAGAGCGGCGUUGAAGAAGCUGGCAGCACACAACAUUCAUCAAGAACAGACUGUGAACCCUGGAGAGGCCAAGUUAAAGGAGACCAAGUCUGACCCAGCGUCUGCUCCUGAACCUGCUGCCCCUGAGCCAGAACCUCACCCAGUCCCUCAUCCAGACCCCCACCCUCCUCCCCGGGCUGAUGUGGAGCUGCAGACCCACACCCAGACCCAGACCCAGGACCAGGACCAGGACCAGGACCAGGAUGUCCCCAUGUCCUCCACUCCAGAACCAGCUCCAGCACAGACCCAGGAGUCCACAGAUGCCCCGGCUGCAGAAACAGCCACUGAGGCUCCUGCUGCACCCCCUAGCCUGGACUCUCCCCCAGGCCCCUCCCCCGAUGAAGCUGAAAACACACCUACCUCACAGAGCGCCAGCCCCGCCCACGCAGGUGCAGCGCGGGUUGCCAGUGCAGGAGAUGAACUCCCUGUAGACAGCUUUGUCUCUGCUGAGCACUCUGAUUCGCAGUGCGGGGUGAUUCCCCCCGAACUGGCAACCUGUGAAAACUCCCCCUUUGGCCGCCCUCUCUUCAGAGUGGACGAGGCCAGCGCAGAGGACCAGCAGUCAGACCAGAUCCACAGUUCUGGUCCUGAAGCAGAGGUCCAGUCCACUCCAGGUCAUGUAGACCAGGAGCAACAGCAGCAGGAGCAGCAGGAGCAGCAGGAGCUAGAGGACGGCCUGUCUGUGUCCGACAGAGAGAGUAACACCUCCCAGGAGCAGACGGUCAGGGACGCCAGCGUCGGCAGGGAGACGGAUCCCUCGGUGCCGAGUAAAGAAGACAUCCCGACCUUCGAUGAGUGGAAGAAACAAGUCAUGGAGGUGGAGAAGGAGAAAAGUCAGUCCCUCCACACCUCGACCGCCGGCGUCCCCCACCCGGUCAAGAAGGUCCAGAAAAACUUCAAGAAUAACUACGCCUCCGUGGAGUGUGGAGCCAAGAUACUGUCAGCCAACAGUGAGGCCAAGAGCACUUCAGCCAUCCUGAUGGAGAACAUGGACCUGUACAUGCUGAACCCCUGCAGCAACAAAAUCUGGUUUGUCAUUGAGCUCUGUGAGCCGAUUCAGGUCAAACAACUGGACAUCGCCAACUUUGAACUCUUCUCAUCCACGCCUAAAGAUUUCCUCGUAUCCAUCAGUGACCGAUAUCCGACCAACAAGUGGGUGAAGCUGGGGACCUUCCACGCCAGAGACGAGCGAAUCGUCCAGAGUUUCCCCCUGGACGAGCAGCUGUACGCUAAAUAUGUGAAGAUGUUCAUCAAGUACAUAAAGGUUGAACUCCUCUCGCACUUUGGAUCAGAACAUUUCUGCCCGCUCAGCCUCAUCAGGGUAUUUGGUACGAGCAUGGUGGAGGAGUACGAGGAGAUCGCAGAUUCUCAGUACCCCUCAGAGAGACUCGAGUACCUGGAUGAAGACUAUGAUUUUCCUCCAGGAUAUCAACCGUCAGAGGACAAGGCCUCCAAAAACCUGCUGGGCUCCGCUACAAAUGCAAUCCUCAACAUGGUAAACAACAUCGCUGCUAACGUUCUGGGAGGUAAACCAGAGCUGGAGGGAGGAGCAGACACAGGAGGAAACACGACAAGAGAGCGAGGGGAGAAACAGGAGGGCUCCGAUGAAACUCCUAAAGCUGCUGAAAUCUCUCGGGACGCUGCUGCAGUGCUGGAUCCUGCAGACCUGGAUCACCGUGAGCCUCAUGAAGACUCGUCCGUCUCCGCUGACUCUCCGUCUCCUCCCCCCUCGCCGUCAGACUCAGAGGAGCUCAGACAGAUCGUGACUCUGGUGGUGGAGGAGGAGGAAGAGGAGGAGGAGCCCCAGCGGUCGACAGUGACCCUGAUGGAGGAGGAGGCGGAGGAGGAGGACCUGAAGGAGGAGGAGCCGAGAAAGGAGGCGGACAGGAACUCGUGGGAGAGUCAGGCAUACUGCCCCUUCUCCUCGCUCUCCUCCCUCUCUCUCUCCUGCAUGGCCACGCUGCCAGAGCUGCUCCACCGCUGGUGCUCUGCCCGCCUCGCCAAGGAGCGUCUACGCAGCCUGAGGAGGAGGCAGACCCACACCCCCUCCAUCACGACCACACCUGUUCUGCUACCUACACCUGUCCCAGCUCCUGUGAAAGAGGCCCCGCCCCAAAAGGAGCCGGUGCCAGAGCCUGAGCAACCUGUCCAGGCUCCGAUCAAGGACCAGGACACCAGCGCUCCCGACUCCAACGCUCCAGAGCUGGUCAUCGUCCUGGAGCCCAGCAGGACCUCCUCCCUGCCCCCCCACAGCUCCCAGACCAUGCCCACCCCCACCUCGGAGGAAAAGCCACUGCCCCCUGUCAAGGACGCCGCCCUUGACCCCGCCCCUACCCCUCCUCUCUUAGCUGCUGCCAUCCCAGAGACACAGUUGUCCGGAAAUGCCCCGCCUACCCUCAUUGUGAGCACCCCCUCGCAGCCUGCAGCCUCAGAGACCCCCGCUCCAGUUCUGGUAGUCCCCCCAGUGAAGGAGGUGCCCGUACAGCCUCUCCCCACGGUAACCAGGCCAGAGGACCUGAUCCCUCCUCCCACAGAGUUGCCCCCCACUCCCCCUCAGACUGACCCCCCCUCAGACAGCGGGGACCCUCACAGACAUCCGACGCCACAGACUCACGGAGAGCACGGCGACCCUGCCCUCUCCCAGAGCGGCGAGGACUCUGUGGAUGAGGAGUUACUGAGCUCCAACGGGAACCACCGCACAGCCACGGACUUCUACGCCGAGCUGCAGAACGGGGCAGACUACAACGGGAACGGCGUGAUGCUGAACGGGGCAGCGGUGCACGGCUCCAGUCAGAAAGAGAGCGUCUUCAUGAGACUCAACAACCGGAUCAAAGCGCUGGAGAUGAACAUGAGUCUAUCCAGUAGAUACCUGGAGGAGCUCAGCCAGAGAUACCGUAAACAGAUGGAGGAGAUGCAGAGAGCGUUCAAUAAGACCAUCAUCAAGCUGCAGAACACGUCCCGCAUUGCCGAGGAGCAGGAUCAGAAACAGACCGACUCCAUCCACCUCCUGCAGAGCCAGCUGGAGAACGUCACCAAACUGAUGCUCAACCUCACAGUGACGGUCGGCCAGCUGCAGAGAGAGGUGUCGGACCGGCAGAGCUACCUGGUGGUGUCUCUGGUUCUCUGUCUGUUUCUCGGCCUCGUGUUGUGUCUGCAGUGCUGCCGUGGCUCCUCUCCAAACCCCAGCACCAAUGCUGCUGCCCUGCCCAAGAGCAACCACUACCCCAGUCCCAAGAGGUGUUUCUCCUCCUACGAUGACAUGAGCCUAAAGCGCAGGGUGGCCUGUCCGCUUGUUCGCUCCAAGUCCUUCCACCUGUCCUCUACAGAAGUAGGUCCAGAUGACUUGUACAUUGUAGAACCUCUAAGGUUUUCUCCAGAGAAAAAGAAAAAACGCUGUAAGACCAAGUCUCUGGACAAAGUGGAGGUUCUGAAGUCCGAGUCCACGGUCCAGAUCUCAAACGGAGGUGUGAAGUGUAACGGCAUCCAGUUGUGCCUCCCUGAACCUCCUCCUCCUCCCCCUCCUCCCCCUCCUCCUCCCCUCCCUCCCCCUCCUGUCCUCCCCCUCCCUCCCCCUCUCUCCGUAGAGGAGCCACACUCCUCUCCUCCUUCAGAGACGAGCAGCUGCAGCUCGUCCACCCACUCGGAGGAAUCCUUCACCAGCCGCCUCCCCCCGCCCUCCCCCAGCUUCCCGUCCUCCGGCCUCUGCAACGGCCACGUCCUCCCCCUCCAGCCCCCCCCCAACAAGUCCCGUCAGGAGAAGCGCUCGGUGAAGAGGAGGAAGUCUCGGCAGACGGAGCUGGCGUUCCCGUCUGUGCCGGGGGGCCGUGUGGGGCCCCUGCCCAGCCUGCAGCAGCUGAUGAAGGGAAACAAGGAGAUGGGCAUGGGGACCAUCGGGGUGACCGCCGUCACCACGCACGUUUAAACGCUUCACGGUAGCAGUCUCACGUAGACAGAGAUGAGGUCUUACUGCAUCCCAAAGAACUACAUUUCCCAUGAGCACCAGGAGGAUCAGAGGCCCUGCCCCCUGUCGGACGUUUUUACAGUUACGUGCCUUUUAUCUGUUAAAGACGUGAUGAUGGACACAGACUCCAGGUGAUAGUCACAUCCAUUAUGGUCCAAGUUUUUUACUGGAGAAGCACAUUGCCCUCCCCUGACCAGUGAGCAUUAACUCCUCCCCCUUUGAGCACAGAGAGCAGAGGCCCCGCCCCCAGCUCUGAUGCAGGAACACGAAGUAUUCUGUGGCUGAAAACGGAGCGAGAUCUCUCUCUGUCCGUCAUUUCUGUUUCAUUUCUUCUGUUUUUGUGUCGCAUCCUGACACGACUGCAGGUGUUUGUGUGGGACCAGAGCGCCGUUAAUCUUCAGAGUGAGCGUGUGCGUGCACAAGAGCGUGCACGAGGGCAUAAAUGAGUGCGUGUCUCUGUCAAUGUGUCACAAACCGAACACGAGAGCUGAAUGAAGAAUGGUCCCAGUGAGUCCUUUCACUUUAGUUUCAUUUUUAACCUCAAAUCCUGAACUCAGACGCAGCACUCAGACAUCCUGAGGGUCUGGUGAGGCCGGCUACACACCAGGCGAUUUUAAAAACCUGUUAGUCCACAGGCUAGAGGUGGAUUGUUAACUCUGUAAUCCUCUAAAUGCUCACACUAGACCUGGUCUGCUUGCUCUCAUUGGUUGCUGUGGGUUUUCUGUUGCAGCAUUACAACUUCAGCUGUCGAAUAUCUUCAAAUAUGAAGCAUGUUGAUGAUUAAGGACCUGGCAGACUACAACUAAAUCAGGGACAGUCGAGUCAUGGUGUCUCAGCUCACCCAUGAGGAGCACAUCCUCCUCCAGCCGCUUUAAUCUGAAGGGAAAUCAGACUGAAAAUGUGGUUUUGUCUGUUUGUUCCUGAACUCCUCUGGUUAGUUCUACCUCCCAGUCUGAUGGCUCUCGUUGAAUUCUGUGCUUAUUCCGUCUGUGGAAGUUGGAUCUGGAAUCACAGGUACUUCGUUAUUAAUGAUUCCAGAUCAGCGAGGCUGUGAUUGGAUCAGGAGGAAGAAUAAAAUCAUUAACACUACAGACUGUUAACACUCAUACCACCCAUCAAUGAGACUUUGAUUAUUCAGCAAUUUUAUGGCAGUCCUGUCAUCCCAAUAAUUCCCAGGCUGCUCUUCUGCGUUGAUGUUCCAGCAGAGACGAGCCUCGAGUCAGGCCGAUCAUGUAAGGGGGGCAGCCAGGCCUCAAAGCAUCUGCUGUGUAGCUGGUCUGGGUCCUGAGGGCUCCCACGUUCAUAGAUGAGCUGAUCCAGGAGCUAGAGUGAUGAACCUGAAACAGGCUGCAGGCUGACUCCCCACCUUUCCCUCCUCGUGUAUUUUCUCUUUUAUUUUCUCAGCUGGUGUGGCGUUAGCGUUUGAUGAUCAGGGUCAACCGUACUGUAGGAGCAUGAUGGGUAGAGAAUGUUUACACAGACCUUAAGACGGACUGCUGGGACGCUGCAGCCCGGUCUGACAGCCGUUUUAUUUAUCUAUUUAUUUAUUUAACAGAGGACAGAUUUUUGUAUGUGAAGCUCCGGCGUGUCCGUCUGAAGUCUGCAGGGUCGCAGUAGACCGUGAGCGUGUUGCACAGAAAAUUUACAGAGCGUAUGAAUGACUCGUUUCUUCUUCUCUAGUUUUAUUUAAGAGCCCUGAGAGGAGUCUGCCUCAGCCUCGGACAGCUGAGAGUCAAAUCACUGAUCCCGCAGACAGCUUUAGCAAACAGGGAUGCACCGAUACACAUUCUGACCUGAAGUUCUUAUCCUCCUUAAAACAGCAGAUUGAGUUUGUCUUAACAGCGUCAGAGACUGGUUCAGCUGUCCUAACAGCCUGUGAGCAGAUGUGUUAGGACACUCCAGCCUUGUUUCCACAUUCCUCUGCACAGACGUCACAGGGGAAGUGUCUGACAUGUUAGUGAUGAAGCGCUGUCUCCACAUGGAAAUCAAGCUAACGAGCCCUGCUGAGCGGGGCACAGACAGACUAGCUGUGACAUGGGACCCGGCCCGCAUGUCCUUCACUGCGCUCUCCUACAUGUAUCUGACUCUUUCUGCUGUCCAUUCUUUGUAAUAAAGGCACAGAAAGCCUUAAAUAUACCUUACUGAACAGAGUGUGAGGAAUAACGCCCAGCUGUCUCCACUUUUGAACAGCCUUAUGAGCUCUGUGUGAGAGGAAAGCAAAUGUUCCUGUUAUACAGAACUGUGCAGAAGUUUUAGGCAUGUAGAGCGUGAACGGUUCUUCACAGGUCCUGAUUUUCCACAACCGCAGGCUGAAGAGAGGAGUGAGGGCGGCCAGAGUCAGUGUCCACACAUUUGACAUGUGCGUGUGUCGCUCAGCAGCCAAGGUCGAGCUUAACAGCAUUUCUUUGGUCUGGGCCUUUGCACCCCUGGUAAUACGCCCAGCAACCACCAACAGUUUUCAGGUGCUUAGAACAUACACACGACAACCAGGGGGGUGUGGCAACCCUCCCACCAGCCCUAACAGUCCCCUAGGCUGUGUUUAAGCGCCACAUCUAACCAUAACUCCGCCCUAAAGCUGUGGUUUUUGUUUUGUUUUGAUCAGAUUUUUUUCCCAUACCCUUGGUAAUGUACAAAGACAUCCAGAGCAUGACCUGGGUUGUGUCAAUCCUCCUUCCCCCCGAUCAGGCCCUCAGGUGGGCGUACUUGCCAUUACACGCCUUACUUCAGCCUCAAAUUUUGGCCCAAACAUGCCUAAAACUUCUCCACAGUACCGUACACUCCUGGUGCCUUGUCAUCUCCUUCUGAUUGUUCUCAUCCUCGUCAGCAGCAGAGGAAAAGUGGAGCCUGGUGAUGGGAGUGAAACAGCAGCAGGGAUCGAUGUAAUCAGGUUCAAGCUGCAGAUAUUCUAUUAACAUGUGCAAUACUGACCAACAGCGUGUGAACCGAGCAGAGCGUGCAUCAGCGACAGUCACUCCUCCAUCUUCCUGCUCUCUUUCUGUAGACAUGAACGAGGAUGAGUGGUGAUGAAGCCCCAGGAGUGUCAUAUUCUCUCUUCUGUCUCUCAGCU